AUGUCGGACCGACCAAUAGUACGGGGCAUGGUAACGGCAACGGUCAACUACGAUGCAUUCGGACCGGAGGAAGCCUACAAGAUCGGCACUGCAUCAAUGUACCGCCGCAAGCAUGAUGCGAAGCAAGUACAGGUGACCGACAUCCGUGGUCGAGAAGAAGAGUUCAGUCUGGACAAGCAAGGGUUUGAGCUGCACAAGCAUGAUCUCACAUACGACGCCUUCGAAGACGACGAGAGAACAAAGGCAGAGUACUGGCCUGCUGUGGCAGAGCUGCUCAAACAGAAAGUCGGCGCGACGAAAGUCGUCCCCUUUUCGCAUAUCCAUCGCAAGAAAACGUAUGAAGCCGUAGCUGUGGAAGCCGAAGGCGAUGCCGCGAACGACAAGACGAUCAAUGGCUGUCAUCCGGUUCGCUACAUCCACAUUGACCAGUCGCCAAAGGGCGCCCAGACUCUAGGCGACGAGCUCUUCAAACAAGACUGGCCGACCAUGUCUGAAGGUCGACGAUGGGGCAUAAUCAACGUCUGGCAACCAUUGUCUCUGGUUCGCAGAGAUCCCCUUGCGCUCCUGUCUCGGACGACCGUCGACCACGCAGAUCUUGUGAACAAAGACCUCAUCUCGCCGAAGAGCAGAACAGGAGCUGCUGUUGCGGUAUCGAUGGAGAAGGUGUAUCAGGCCUCCACCGUCAAGUACAAUCCGGAUCAUCGUUGGCAUUGGUGUAGCGGGAUGAAGCGCGAGGAGGUUUUGUUCCUCCGGAUCUUCGAUAGUCGCGAUGAUGGAGGAAUUCAUGGGACGCCGCAUACUGGAAUAGUAGUACCCGGAACGGAGGACGAGGCGGCUAGGCAAAGUGUUGAGACCAGGUGUUUCGUUUUCUGGUAG